AAAAACUGAUAUGCAAAAAAAACACGUAAGUCUCAUUUCCCCCUCUUUUAAUCUGAGGAAAACUUAUAAAAGACAAAAUUCUGCGACAUCUCAUAAGGGCUAAUUUAGAGAGUAUCAUACGAAAAGAAACUGUCAUGGCUGCCCCCGGACAGGAGCUACUGUUUUGCAGCGUCAGAGAUCAGUUGAAGUCGUCUCAAGAUGCAAUCAUUACCACACUUCACUGGAGUCUCGUGUCUAAUGGAUACAAAUGUAUUGGACUUGGCGAAACGACAUCAGACAAAGACAGUCAAACAGAGUUACUGCCUUCUGGAUGGAACGAGAAUCAGGACCUUUACACAAUGAGGUACCGACGAGAGGGUGAGCCGUCAACGGUAUACAUGCUCAAGGUCAUCAGGAUCGACAGUGACCUGCUUGUUAAUUUCAUGAAUGUUGGUAAGGAAAGUGUUGUGAACUUAAACAUCAGAACUAGAGACUUUACCACUGGAGUUCUGGCCUCAUUUUGUAGUGCAUUCCAAAACCUGGAUGUCCUUUGUUCACAAUUCAAGAGGGAGAUUCUUGAUGCAGUGUUGAAAGGUGAUAAAAAAUGUGUGUCCACAAGUCAAGCUGACACCUCAAAAUCAUCACAGGAAAGAAAGUCACAGGAAAGGGAAAGGUCAUACAUGGAGGAUUAUGACCCAUUGCAAAUACCACCCCGACACCCUCACAUGCCACAAAGGCCACCAGACUGGUCAGAUGCUGACGACCCUUUCUCAAUCGGAAGAGCAGAUCUUGACCCCUUGGGAAGAGGAGGUGGUAUGCGAUUUGACCCAUUUCGAGGAAACCGUCCUGGAAUGAGACCCGACCCAAACGCUGGAUUACCUCACCCACUUCCUCCGGGAGCUGUACCACCAGGAGCCAGGUUUGACCCUUUUGGACCCCCAGGAGGGCCUGGACAGAGACCAGGGCCUGAUCCUGACCAUGAACUACCACCUGGUUAUGGUGAUAUGUUUAUGUAACAAACAAGAUCCUUCUUCUCCGACACAGCCAUUGACGAUACCAAGAUUGCGAAACUGUUGUUAUUGAGACAAAUCUGGGGAUUGUUAUAGCUGUUAUAUACCUGGAAACUCUUAGACACCAAUUAAAACUUUCCAAAGAGUGUGAUAUGGAUAUUGUUUAAAGAUAUCUGAAGAAUAUAUGUUCUACACUCAGUUAAAAGAUUUCUUAAAAGUGUGAAAUAGAUGUCAUAUGUAGAUUGUGAAAUUUACAUGUGCUACACUUGAUUUAAAGAUUUCUAAGGAAUUGUGACAUUAAUAUUUUUUUUAAAAAGUACCUGAAGACUACAUGUUCUACACACAGUUAAAAGAUUUCUAAGGAAUUGUGAAAUGGAUUUAGAGAUUUAGAGAGAGACACACAGAGAGACAGAGAGAGGAGAGAGAGAGAGAGAGAGGGAGACAGG